AUGCAGCGGAAGAAGCUGAUUGCGAGAUUAACUGGGCGUUCUCAAAAACCCGACGGCGGGGGGAAAGCCACACGACUGCCGCCUGUCUCCCUCCUCCGCUCACUCCUCUGCCGAGCCGGCAGCAGCGGAGCCAGCAGAGCCAUGACUCUCACCGCUCUUGGGGCACUCCUGGCACUGCUGCCACUGGCCUUGAUGCUGCAGAGUCCAGGUACUCAGCGUGGGGGCCGGACACCAGAGCCCUCCGAGCCCGCCCUGCGCCGUCUGUCCCACUACCUGCUGGCCCACUACCAGAAGGGCACUCGGCCCGUGCGGGACUGGCGAACGACCACCAACGUGGCCAUCGACCUCAUGGUCUACGCCAUCCUCAGUGUGGAUGAGAAGAACCAGGUGCUGACCACCUACAUCUGGUACAGGCAGCACUGGACAGAUGAGUUCCUCAGGUGGGACCCGGCUCGCUUCGACAACCUGACACAGAUCUCCCUCCCCGUGGAGAGCAUCUGGGUACCUGACAUCCUCAUCAAUGAGUUUGUGGAUGUCGGAAAGUCCCCCCAUGUCCCCUACGUCUAUGUCAGCCACCACGGGGAGGUGCAGAACCUCAAACCCAUCCAGGUGAUGACCGCCUGCAGCCUGGACAUCUACAACUUCCCCUUCGACGUCCAGAACUGCUCGCUCACCUUCACCAGCUGGCUGCACCACAUUCGUGAUAUCAACCUCACGCUGUGGCGGCAACCGGAGCUGGUCAAAUUCGACCGGAGUGUCUUCAUGAACCAGGGCGAGUGGGAGCUGCUCUAUGUCCUCAGCCACUUCCAGGAGUUCAGUGUCAAGAGCAGUGACAACUAUGCUGAGAUGAAAUUCUACGUAGUCAUCCGGAGGCGCCCCCUCUUCUACACUGUCAGCCUGCUGCUCCCCAGCAUCUUCCUGAUGGUUAUGGACAUUGUGGGCUUCUACCUACCUCCCAACAGUGGUGAGAGGGUCUCUUUCAAGAUCACUCUCCUGCUGGGCUACUCAGUUUUCCUCAUCAUUGUAUCCGACACGUUGCCAGCUACUGCCGUUGGCACCCCGUUGAUAGGCACCUACUUUGUGGUAUGCAUGGCGCUGCUCGUCAUCAGCCUGACGGAGACCAUCCUGAUUGUGCGCCUGGUGCACAAGCAAGACCUGCAGCCCCACGUACCUGAGUGGGUGAAGCACCUGCUGCUGGAACGAGCCACCGUCCUGCUCUGCAUCCGGGACAGGAAGAAAUUCAGCCAAAGCAGGACGCAGAGCUCGGACAUCUCCAGGCAGGCAGAGAACAAUGAUAGCACAGCCAAGCUGACACCCUAUGGCUGCGAGGACCCCCGUGAGUGUGGGGCGGUGGGGGGCACGAGGCCCACACUGGCCUUUGGCAGCCGGGCAGAGGGCUCAGCAGUGCUGCAGGAGGUCCUGCGUGAGACCACGGCCAUCCGCCAGUUCCUGGAGAAACGUGAAGAGUUCCGUGAUGUCGCCCGUGAGUGGCUGCAAGUGGGCUACGUGUUGGAUGUCCUGCUGUUCCGGGCGUACUUGGUGGCCGUCCUGGCCUACAGCAUCACACUGGGCACCCUCUGGUCUGUGUGGCGGGAUGCCUGAGUGGCACCCGUUGUUCAGGGUGGGAGAGGGGGGACUGUGGACGUUGCCUCACUCCGGCGGGUGCUUGCCUGCUGUCCCCCCAGGCGGGCGCAUCCCUCACGUACCCCAGCUGCGCAGCGGGAAGGCGGACCCGAGGAGGAGCCCCCUAGCCGCCCUGAU